GAGCGAGCUGCUGUCCGUGGUGCUGAUGCGAGGACUGAUGCUCUCCGGCUCUGAGCAGCCGCUACUGCGCAUGUUGCAUGACAGGUACACGCAAAGCCUCCAUCUUGGGCAUCCCGAGCUGAGGCGAAAAGGGCAGCAGCAGCAGUAGCAGCCAUAUAUCCACUGACUACAACAACACCAAAAUAACAACAACAGGCGGAAUUUGGCAAUUUGCCGAGAUGUAACUUUUUGAAAUUUUUUUUUUAUUUUUUUUUUGGCAAAAACACAUUCAACAAUUGGAGGAGAGCGUGCACAGAGAUCCAAAAUGGACAGAAAUGAUAGCGACUGGUCUGGACGGCUGCCUUAAACACUAUUUGCACAGUCAGCUCUAGUUUGGACUGGAAUUGACAAGUGACACGGACGAACGACUCCACUUAGCAGCAGAAUGGGAGUAAAGAAUCUUGUUUUCUUCUUCCUGGUUCUCUCCCUCUGUCUGGACGGGGGUUCGGCCAAGGAGAAGGGAAAGGGGAAGGGGAAAAAGAAAGGGAAGCAGGUCUUCUGUCCAUCACAGCUGUCGUCUGAGGACCUGGCUCGAGUCCCGGCCAAUUCAACCAGUAACAUCUUGAACAGGUUACUGAUCAGCUAUGAUCCCAGGAUAAGACCCAACUUCAAAGGCGAGUGUCUUUCCCAUUCUUCAUCCAUCUCUGACAGAGUCAACAUUUUCAUCAACAGCUUCGGCUCCAUCCAGGAAACGACCAUGGAUUACAGAGUCAACAUCUUCCUGCGGCAGCGUUGGAACGACCCCAGGCUGAAGCUUCCGCAGGAUUUUAAAUCCGAUUCCCUGACUGUUGAUCCUGGGAUGUUCAAGUGUCUCUGGAAACCUGACCUGUUCUUUGCCAAUGAAAAAAGCGCCAACUUUCACGACGUGACCCAGGACAACAUCCUUCUUUUCAUAUUUCGUAACGGUGACGUUCUCAUCAGCAUGAGGUUGUCCAUCACUCUCUCCUGUCCACUGGACCUGACAUUAUUCCCAAUGGACACUCAAAGAUGCAAAAUGCAACUGGAAAGCUUUGGUUACACAACGGACGACCUGCAGUUCAUGUGGCAGACAGGAGACCCAGUGCAGAUGGACGCCAUCGCUCUGCCACAGUUUGAUAUCAGACAGGAAGAUAUUGAUUAUGGAAACUGCACCAAAUUCUAUUCAGGAACAGGGUACUACACGUGUGUCGAGGUUAUCUUCACCCUCAGGCGACAGGUGGGCUUCUACAUGAUGGGUGUUUACGCCCCGACGCUGCUCAUCGUCGUGCUCUCUUGGCUGUCCUUCUGGAUCAACCCUGAUGCCAGCGCUGCCAGGGUCCCCCUGGGAAUCCUGUCCGUCCUUUCUCUGUCCUCUGAAUGCACCUCCCUGGCGUCUGAGCUUCCAAAGGUGUCAUACGUCAAGGCCAUCGACAUCUGGCUUAUAGCUUGCUUGCUGUUUGGCUUUGCCUCGCUGGUGGAGUACGCAGUGGUUCAAGUGAUGCUGAACAGUCCAAAGCGCAUUGAGGCGGAGAAGGCCAGGAUAGCGUCCAGGGAAAAGGCGGCAGGAAGGGGCCAAGCUGCCAGGAACAACACUGUGAACGGAACCGGAGGGACGCCGCUCCAUGUCAGCACCCUGCAUGUCGCAGAGACACGCUGCAAAAAGGUGUGCACUUCUAAAUCCGACCUUCGGACCAAUGACUUCAGCAUCGUGGGCUCUCUCCCACGGGACUUUGAGUUGUCGAACUUUGAUUGCUACGGGAAGCCCAUCGAUACCGGCAUGGUUCUUGGCAAAUCCCAGGCUAAGAACAGCAAGAAGCCCCCUCCUCCAAAACCUGUGAUUCCCUCUGCUGCCAAAAGGGUCGAUCUGUAUGCCAGAGCCCUGUUCCCAUUCUCCUUCCUUUUCUUUAAUGUGAUUUACUGGUCCAUAUACUUGUGAUUCCAGUAUUAUCAUUAAAAACCACACUUCAGUCCCACCAGUUCUUUACUGUUUAGAAUAAUUUCAAAUAUUAACAGUACAAAUUCAUUGGAGAAAAUAAGUGGACAUCGGCUAUUUGUUGUAUUUCUAAUAUUCUGUAUCUUCACUCAAAAAUAUAAUUAUUUAUGUAUUACGAUAAAAUUAUAUCUGUAACUCGGUCUUUCUUUGUGUAGCUUCUUGUACUGAUGGGUUUUAUUUAUUAAUACUUGAAAGGACAAUACAGGACCGCAUAUGUUUCUGUAGAUGUGUAAAACAAAUCCACAAAGACUGAUUUCUGAACAAAAAAAGAAAAAAUGAUGCACUGAUCUAUAAAAGAGCUUUUUUUUUUUAGAAUAUUUUUUAUUUUCUUGCAAAUCUAAGAGUCUGCCUGCAGCUUAAAUGAGUUCCGGCUUUUUAUUUGAGCUUAAGUGCAGCUGUGUAUCACUGUAGUUUUGCCCUGCAUGUUAAAAAAAAUGCAUGUAUAUGAAAGAGAAGUUUAUACAUAUAUAAAGAAAUAUACUGAUAUGACAAAGUAUUUAUUAAGAUUUUAAUAUUCUUAUGAUUUGCUCUUGAGACGACACAUGGAUACGUUAAACACUUCAGUUCCUGCCCAGAUGGUCAUGUGACACUGCCACUCCUCCAACAACUGUACCGUUUGACCAACUGUUCGUGUAAAUGGGUCACCAGUGACGUGGCCGUGUGUUUGUGAAAGAUUAAUAAAUGAUCAAUGACUUUUCACCA